CAUGGUGUUACAUCACCAAUACAAGCGCAUCUACUACGUGGGAAUAUUGCAACAUCACCAAAUGUCGUAAGUGACUUGAUAAUCAUACAUUGCAGCUAUAAGUUACGUCGUGUCCGCGUCUAUAUUUCAUAAUCAAUAUAUGGUAUAUAUAUACAUUGUAAAAGACAGGAUAAAUGAGCAAUGAAUAUGGUUGCUCUCGGUACGUAGCCGGCUAUACGUGCCCCAACUUUGGUUCUGUGAAGGCCACUGAAAUGGGGCAUUGUAUAACUAACCGUCAAGUUUAACAGCUGAUGAUGCUCGUGUUAUGUUUACAAUGUAUAAAUGGCGGUGGCUCUUAUAUGAAUCGGCGAUCUAUGAGUUACCAGCUGACCCGGAAAUAGUUGCGCAGAAUGUUAGAAGUGGGAGGAAUUUUUCAAGCAUGCUACACAAUUUGGGCAAUCAAUAUGGUAAAUACUUGGCUAUAUCAACUGACGCUUUGGUGGACCGGGUGUUUUACACCAAAAGAAUAUUAGGGAAACAUGUGGUAAUGUUUUACGUCAUCGAAAACCGCUUUGAAGUGAUUUAUGAAGAGACUCGUGGAGCAGUUGCAGAAUCAAUGGCAUUUGAUUGGCAGAAUCAGAAUCUAUACUGGACCGAAUCUAUUCUAAAACGUAUAAUGGUUUGUGAUGUGACUAACCUGCAUUGCUCUGUUGCUUACCAAUCAAGCAGCAACGCUCCAAAAAACAUCGCUAUGCACGUGACAAAAAGAUUGCUGUUUUACUCCAUCCACAAAAGCAGGAAAUCAAAAAUUGUUGUUUCUGAUAUGGCAGGAAAAAAUCCACGGGUGUUGCAUAGAUAUCCCGACAUUUCUGUUGUUACUGGAAUUACGGUUGACUACGAUAACGACAGAUUGUACUGGUGUGAAACCAAAGAUGUCAAGAGCAGCAAUCUAGACGGCACAAAUAUUACUUUGCAUUAUCACAACAUAACAUCGGAUCUAAUGGGAAUUGCUACGUAUCGUAGUUUUAUUUAUGUAAUCGACAAUGGUCACUCUGCUUCUGCGCCUUACUACCUGCGAAUGCUGCGAUGGAUGUCAAACACUACAACACCAAACAACACUGAAGGGAUCGGGAAUUAUCGAUUUCACGAAAACACGCCCAAUACAAUCACAAUUUACCGAAAAUAUGCGGAGCACUCAGAUACUGGAUUAAAUACAACUCUCGGAUCGUGCGAAAGUAUGCCACAAUGUGACCACAUAUGUUUGCCAAGAAUUAACGCUACAAGAGAAUGCGUGUGCGCUUUCGGCUUUCACAAAUCAAAUGAUGUACACUGUGUUCUAAAACCGCUAAUUGGCACCGAAGCAUUGUUAAUCGCAAACCAUGGGAAGAUAUUUCAAUUACCAAUCAACCAAUCCAGCUAUAACAUUAGCAUAGUUGACAUAGUAAAAGGUAACGAAACCGAUGUAUCCGCGAUGGCAGUCGAUAUGGGAUCAGACACUCUUUAUUGGCAUGACAUAAAAAAGAAAAUCAUCUUUAGGUCUUCAUUGCAAAACACUUCGGAUGCUCAAGAAAUCAUCAACAGGUUUAAUACUGUGAGACAUAUGGCAGUUGAUCAACUAACUGGGAAUCUUUAUUUCACCAAUUCUAUCCAAAUUAAUGUCUACAACCCAUAUAAGCAAAUUACGAAGCAAAUAAUACACAUAGGAACUAUGCCAGAAGAAGUCUUUGGAAUUUCGGAGUUUACAAUUGACGCCAGGAACGGGUAUUUGUAUUGGUUAGAAGGAGAUUACGACUUCAAAGGCUGGAGGAUGAAAACUGAUGGUUCGAACCUAAGGAGAGUAUUGCCAAAUCUAAAUAUCACGGGUGUGAAAGGAAUCGCUAUAAGUUACAAAAGAAACAGUGUGGUUAUAUUCAUAGAAGAUUAUUCUUCAGCUGAUAUUUUAGAAUAUUCUUUGGACUCACUGAAUGAAACUAAUCCGCAACCUAUUUACAUUCACAAAAUAAAAAGUUUCACUGAUUAUGCCAAUACGCCUUUGAGCCGCAUGGUUGUGUUGGGUGACAUAGUUUAUUUCCAUGCAAACGAAAACUACAUACAACAAUUCAACUUAACUAUGGGGAUAAACAAUGAACGUCAAUUUGGUCCAAUAUUGCUUAGCAGUUACGUGGAAUCGCUAACCCUUUACAGCAAAGAAUUCUACAACCAAUACAUCAAACCUUUGAGUAAUCCAUGCGGAAGGAACUUAACGAACAAAUGUUUUGAGUUUUGCUUUAACGUGAACAACCGAGCAGUUUGCAGAUGUGAGGAGGUUUCUCGCAAUGAACUGACUGACUCAUGUAUUGAUAAUACAAGACGAACAAGUAGGCAAGAUAUUUUAGUGAUUUGCUUGAUAUUGGAAUGUUUUAUUCGCUUCUUCUAUUCAGACAACCCCCCUAUACCGGUGGGAGAGUGUCCAUUAGAUAGAGAAAUACAGCUACAAACUUGUCAACAUAACGCUUCGUACAGAUGGACCUCGGUUACCUGGACAGAUGACUAUACACCUACGGACCGUUUGCUGACAACACAGCCAAGUCAAUUUUCGCCGGUUAAUCUAAUUCCUGGAAUACACGAGUUCAAAUUUACUGCAACAGACGAGGACAGAAACACAGGAGUCUGCAGCUACACCGUUACCGUCCUUAACAGCAACCCAGCAACAUGUAAUAUUUCAAAGUUUGACGAAAUCGCAUCUUCUGCACUAAAGCGAACUAGCAUGUUGUGUGAUAACGGCCGUGCUCAUUUUAAUGUCAGCUGUAAGUCACCUGAACUGAACGUGACUUUUGGGUCUUUUCACGAACGAGAACUAACAGUUGUGUGCAUAUUCGAGAGUUGGACCCCACCAAAUUUCCAAGAUAUGGAUUGUCAUUAUACACUUGUAACAACUAAGUCAGCACUAUCUGCAUCUGAACCAGCAACAACAGGAACUGCAACAACAUCAGCACCAAAAACACUAACCUCAUCAACGACAGCGCUCAACAUAGUGGGGCCAAUGAAAUCGUCAAGUCAAUCUGAAGGUUUAAGCGGAGGAGCAAAAGCAGGAAUCGUUAUUGGGGUGGUAUUGCUUCUAAUUGCACUAGUGAUAGGCGUGAUGUACCUGUUGCAAAAUCCGGAGUACAGACCUUCUUUAAUUCGAAUCUUCUGGAAGCAGCACGAGCCUGAUGCUAUCGAUAUGCAACCUCAACCGUUGCAUGAUAACUGAUAAACUUAAACUAACCACAAUAUGGGACUUGAACGCCAAGAGUAUUAUGUAAAUGUCACCAACAAGGCAAUCAAAUUCGUGCCUUUGAUUUGUUUAUUUUUUUUUAUUUUGUAAUAUGUAUAGAAAGGUGGGGGGAAAUGGGACACGUUUUCAUUUUAUUCUCCCGUCUCAUUUAGUAGUAAACAAAAAACAUUCAAAGAAUUAUGAAACGGUAUCCUCGCCACUUCCAUAUACCGUUGUUAAUUGUUUAAAACACGAUCAGAAUAUUUGAAUAGUAUGUGCUAUCGUGGUUGCUUUGAUACGUACUGUAAAUAUGAGUAGCUGUGAUGAAAUACACGAGUAAGGGAUGUAC